UGUAUCCAGCUGGUGUUACCGGUAAAUCUGUCCGGAGUUGCACUCCUGCAGUCUUUCCUUUCCGCGCUUGUUCCUUUCCGCAGAAGCGAAACGUUCCGCCGUGUGAGAUACAACAACCGCUCUAGAAAAAAAGAAAAUAAACGCAGAAAGGGAUACCGGAUGAUGGAGAAGAUGAGCGAGGAGAACAUUGAGGAGGUGCGUGUGCUGGAAGCCCAGAUCGAGCAGCUCCAGGCUGAAGUUGAAGACUUGCAGCAGCAACAGCAGGACAACCACAAGGACAUAUCGUUCAACUUCAGGGGACAUAUGCAGGAUGCAAUGUCGUAUAUCUGUGGACAGAAACACGGAGCAGAGAAAGAGAAGGUGCUGUCCAGGCUGAAGGAGGAGGUGGAGGAGAUGGAGGAGGAUCUGAAGCUGCAGACACGGAUGAAUGGCAUCAGUCUGAAAAGCUGCACCAAGACUCUGAAAAAAA